CAGGACCUCCUCAGUGCUCAGACAGAGGAGAAGCCAGAGCCUGAUUGUGCUGACCACAGGCAGCUGAGGAGAGCACCAUGGAAAGCCUUCAGACAGGGAAACCCUUGCUGAAGUCUUCUGUCCCAGGAGUUAGCAUCACUCCAUUUGUGGAUAAACUGCCAAAGGGAUGCAGCAACCCUGACUUUGAGUGCAAACCUCUCUCCCUGACCCUGCAGGAAGGUAAAACUGCCAUCUUCAAAGCUGUGGUCAAAGGGGUCCCAACCCCUGAGGUGAAAUGGACACGAGGACAAGGAGGGAUGGAUGAUCCUGACAAGUAUCAAACAUCCUUCAACCAAGGGACAAAGGAAUUCGUUCUGCAGAUAAAGAAGCUGACCUCGGGUGACAGUGACCUGUACCGCUGCGUGGCUGUCAAUGCCUAUGGGGAAGCUUCAUGCACUGCUGGACUCAGGAUCAUACAAGUUGGCUUUAAGAGGAAGGCAACCUACCGCACUGUGCACCCUGCUGAGGAACUAAAGAAGAAGCUGCAGGACUCCAGGAAGCUGCUGAGGAAGAGGGCCCCAACCCAGAAACCCAAACCCCUGGACAAAGAAGCUGUCUGGCAGCUGCUGCUGCAUGCAGACAAGAGAGACUAUGAGAGAAUCUGCAUCAAGUAUGGGAUCGUCGACUUCAGAGGGAUGCUGAGGAAGCUGCAGGAGAUGAGGAAGAGCACAGAGAGUGAGCAGGAAGAGUUAAUAAACAGCAUCAAGAACUUCGAGCACAUCAAGGUCAACAAGGAGGGAAAAGCUACCUUCAGUCUGGAGAUGGAGCUGAAGAACAGCAACAGCAAAGUUUAUCUGCUGAAGGACGGUGAGCGGCUGCGGUACGGCACCGGGGAUGAGUUCCGAAAGCACUGCCUGCGGCAGGUGGGGAGGAAGUACACCUUCAUCAUCCACGACGUGCAGCCAGAGGAUGCAGGCCUGUACCAAGUGCGCGUGGAGGACGUGCCUGUGUUCUCCACGGAGCUGGAUGCUGAAGCCAUCCCGGUGAGCUUCAAGCAGCCGCUCAGCGACCUGCGCUGCCCCGAGGAGGAAGAUGCUGCCUUCGAGUGUGUCCUGCGCACCCCCUGCCACGACGCUGUGUGGCUCCACAAAAGCCACCAGCUGGAGCCCAGCGAGAAGCACCAGAUCUGGGUGAGCCCGGACGGGCUGACCCACAGGCUGCUCAUCAAGGGCGUGGUGCCCUCUGACAACGGCAUGUACACGCUCAGCACCGGGCACUGCUCCUCCAACGCCUGGCUCCUCGUGGAGUAUGCCAAGGGGAAGGGGCUCCAGGGUGCAGGAGGUGAAAGAGAGAAAUCUGAGUGGGUGAGAGAAGCUUCUCCAGACACAGAUGGGCCCAAGAAACCUCGACGUGGGGAAGAUGCUGCUGCUGAGGAUGAGCUGAUGGACACUGGUGUGGCACAAAGGAGCUGGGCCCGAGGAGCCCAAGGAGGCAGCCAAGGACACUCCCUUGAUGCUGAUGGAAGCCAAACACUGUGGGGCAAAGAGAGGCUGCGUGCAGCCAGCAGAGGUGGAGGGGUGGGACUGGGGCAGUCCUCCGGAGCAGACCUGGUCGGAGACUCAGUGAUGAAUGAUGGUAGCAGCUUUGGGUUGGAAGGUUUGAAAGGCAAAAGUGGAUUAAGGCCUGUCCAUGGCAAAGAUUCCAUGGCAGGCACUGGGGAUGGGUUAGGAGGAGCAGGAGAAUGGUGCUCUGUGGAUGGCAGAGGUGGUGGUGUGCUGGGUGCUGCUGGCACUGGCAUGGAUGUUGGAGAAGGUGUGGGCUUGGAGGGGGGUAGAGUAGGUGAUGGAGGUACCAGAGGUGGCUUUGGGGGGGCUACAGAUGGAAGUUCUGGGAUAGAUGGAAUAGAUUUUGAUUCAGCUGGAAUGGGAGGAGUGAGGUCCCCCCAUGGCAGGGGUGGUCUGCCAGCUGCUGGUGAGAUGAAUGGAGCAGGCAUGAACAAAGCAGGACAUGCAGGGACCCAUGGCAAGGAUGGGCUGGCACCCCAUGGCAGUGGGCAGCUAGGCCAGGCAGGAAGCUCUGCUCUGCUGCAUGGCCCAAGUGACCUUCCAGCUGGAGAUGGAGCUGGGACUGGUGCAGGUGGCAGCUCUGCAGGGGCAAUGGAAGCUUUCUAUGGUCCAGGUGGUGUCCCAGCAGGUGCUGGAGGUGCAGGUGGGCUUGGGUCUCCUUAUGGAAAGGAUGGGCUGCAUGCUGGGGUGGGUGUGGGUGAUGCUGGCAUAGCUGGUGCAGGGGCAGUUGGGUCUCCCUAUGGAAGGGAUGGGCUCCUAACUGGAGCUGCUGGUGCUGGUGGUGCAGGGGCAGUUGGGUCUCCCCAUGCAAGGGAUGGGCUUCCAGCAGCAGCUGGUGCUGGUGGUGCUGCUGCAGGAGGAGUUGGGUCUCCCUAUGGGAAGGAUGGGCUCCCUGCUGGGGCUGGUGGUGCUGGCACAGGGCCAGUUGGGUCUCCCUAUGGGAAGGAUGGAUUGCCAGCUGCAGCUGCUGCUGGUGGCAUGGGUGGUGCAGGGGGAGCUGCAUCUCUCUUUGGGCAGGAAGGUCUGCCAGCUGGAGGGGGAUUUGGGGGUGCAGGGGCAGUUGGGUCUCCCUAUGGGAAGGAUGGAUUGCCAGCUGGAGCUGCUGCUGCAGGGGGAGUUGGGGCUCCCUAUGGGAAGGAUGGGAUCCCUGCUGGAGCUGCUGCUGCAGGGGGAGUUGGGGCUCCCUAUGGGAAGGAUGGGAUCCCUGCAGGAGCUGCUGCUGCAGAGGGAGUUGGGGCUCCCUAUGGGAAGGAUGGGAUCCCAGCUGGAGCUGGCUUGGCUGGUGCUGGUGCAGGGGCAGCUGGGUCUCUUUAUGGAAAGGAUGGGAUUCCAGCUGGAGGGGGACUUGCUGGUGCUCAUGGUGCAGGGGCAGCUGGGUCUUCCUAUGGAAAGGAUGGGCUCCCAGCUGGAGCUGGUGAUGCUGGGGCUGGUGGUGCUGGUGCAGGAGGAGUAGGAUCUCCCUAUGGAAAGGAUGGGCUCCCUGCUGGGGCUGGUGGUGCUGGGGCAGGAGUUGGGUCUCCCUAUGGAAAGGAUGGGCUCCCUGCUGGGGCUGGUGGUGCUGGGGCAGGAGUUGGGUCUCCCUAUGGAAAGGAUGGGCUCCCUGCUGGGGCUGGGGUUGCAGGUGCUGGUGGUGCUGGGGCAGGAGUUGGAUCUCCCUAUGGAAAGGAUGGGCUCCCUGCUGGAGCUCAGGGUGCUGGGGCAGGAGUUGGAUCUCCCUAUGGAAAGGAUGGGCUUCCAGCAGGGGCUGGUGGUGCUGGGGCAGGAGUUGGGUCUCCCUAUGGAAAGGAUGGGCUCCCUGCUGGGGCUGGUGGUGCUGGGGCAGGAGUUGGGUCUCCCUAUGGAAAGGAUGGGCUCCCUGCUGGGGCUGGUGGUGCUGGGGCAGGAGUUGGGUCUCCCUAUGGAAAGGAUGGGCUCCCUGCUGGGGCUGGUGGUGCUGGGGCAGGAGUUGGGUCUCCCUAUGGAAAGGAUGGGCUCCCUGCUGGGGCUGGGGGUGCUGGGGCAGGAGUUGGGUCUCCCUAUGGAAAGGAUGGGCUCCCUGCUGGAGCUCAGGGUGCUGGUGCAGGAGGAGUUGGGUCUCCCUAUGGGAAGGAUGGGCUUCCAGCAGGGGCUGGUGCUGGUGUUGCUGGUCUUGAUGGUGCAGGAGUAGGUUCUCCCUAUGGUAAAGAUGGUGUCCCAAGUGGAGCUGGUGCUGGUGCAGGAGGAGUUGGAUCUCCCUAUGGAGAGGAUGGUGUCCCAGGUGGAGCUGGUGCUGGUGGUGCUGGUGCAGGAGGAGUUGGAUCUCCCUUUGGAAAGGGUGGGCUCCCAGUUGGGGCUGGUGCUGGUGGUGCUGGUGCAGGAGGAGUUGGAUCUCCCUUUGGAAAGGGUGGACUCCCAGCUGGGGCUGGGGCUGGUGGUGUUGAUGGUGCAGGGGGGAUUGGUAGUCCCUAUGGUAAAGGAAGUCUUCCAGUGGGAAUGGGAAGUGGAGCUGGUAGUGGUGCAGAGGGCACUGGUGGGUCUGGGCCUGCACAUGGCAGGGAUGGGCUCCCAGCUGGAGCAGCUGCUGGAGCUGCUGGGGCAGGAGCAGUAGGAUCUCCCCAUGGAAGGGAAGGGCUCCCAGCUGGAGCUGCUGGGGCAGGAGCAGUAGGAUCUCCCCAUGGAAGGGAAGGGCUCCCAGCUGGAGCUGCUGGGGCAGGAGCAGUAGGAUCUCCCCAUGGAAGGGAAGGGCUCCCAGCUGGAGCUGCUGGGGCAGGAGCAGUAGGAUCUCCCCAUGGAAGGGAAGGGCUCCCAGCUGGAGCUGCUGGGGCAGGAGCAGUAGGAUCUCCCCAUGGAAGGGAAGGGCUCCCAGCUGGAGCUGCUGGGGCAGGAGCAGUAGGAUCUCCCCAUGGAAGGGAAGGGCUCCCAAGUGGGGCUGUGGCAGCAGCUGGUGGUUUGCCCUCUGGAGGUGCAGGAGCUGUGGGAGCUGCCCACGGCAGGGAUGCUGUGCUGAGCGGAGCCCAAGGGGACAGAGGUGGAGCAGCAGGAGUUGGCCUCUCCUCUGGGGGUGGUGGUGCUGGUGGCUCUGCAGGGCAGGGUGCUGGGUCUCUGUAUGCCAGGGAUGGUGGCACAGCUGGGGCCAGGGCUGGUGUGGGUGCAGUUGGCAGGCUGGGAGGUGAUGCAGGCCAUGGCAGGGAAGGUGGAGCAGGAGGGCAAGGUGGUGAGCAUGGGCUGGGCUCAGGCCUUGGGAAGUCUGCAGGAGGGGAAAGUGGGCAGGGAGGUCUCAGAGGAUCAGGGGACAAAGGUUCAUCUGGUGGCAGAGAGGCACUCCCAGGUCAAGCAGAUGCCAAGGGUGAGGGCAGAGGUUUAGGACAGUCAGGCUCCCUUGCUGGCAAAAGCUCUGCCUUUGGAGGGGCAGGAGGCAAAUCCCAGAGCAGAUCUGCUUGGGGGAAGAGUUCAGGCUGGUUUGGGCCAGGUGCAUUGAGUGCUGGUCAGAUGUCAGACCUUUUUGGGGGACUUCCCUCAAUAAACCAGAGAAGGCAGGAGCCUGACCUCGAUCUGACAGCCAAUGGGUUCCUCAAGAGUGUGGAGAGCCUGGAGAAGAGGAGACCUUACCACCUGCAAGAGCUGAAAGCACCUCGCUGCUACCUCAACAAGCAGCUGCUCAACCUCAGGGUCCUGAAGGGGGAACCUGCAGAGCUGUCCUGCACUGUCAGCAAGGAAGAUGUGACAGGGACCUGGUUCAAGGAUGGGCUAAAGCUGACAAGCAUGGAUGGAGUCAUCAUUGAAAAGAAAGGCCUGGUCCACAAGCUUGUGAUUAACAAAGUGGAGGACAUCCAUGCUGGGAAGUACAGGUUCCAAGGUGGAGAUAUCAAAACUGAGGCUUCCAUUUUCGUGGAAGACCCCCCACGCGUGGACAAAGUCCUCCUGCAGAACCUCUCGAGCGUCCCUACUGUGGCCAAGGCUGGGCAGAGUGUGAAGAUCAAGAUCCCCUUUGAGGGUCGCCAGCCCAUCAGGGCUGCGUGGCUGAAGGACAGGAUGGAGCUGGCAGAGGACGCGAGGGUGCGCCUGGACCGCAGCGAGAGCUCCUCCCUGCUCUGCAUCGCCAGCAGCCAGAGGGGCGACUCUGGGCACUACACAGUCAGGCUGCGCAACGACAGCGGCGUCCUGGAGAUCAACCUGAAGCUGCUGGUAGUAGACAAGCCCCAGCCACCUGAAGGCCCCAUCAAGGUGGUGGAAAGCUCUGCCAGCAGCAUCACCAUCCAGUGGAAGCCCCCAAAGGACGAUGGGGGCAAACCGCUGCAGCGCUACGUGGUGGAGAGGCAGCAGGGGGGCAAGAACGAGUGGGAGGCCUUGGGGGAGACCCCCAGGACCUGCACUACCUUCACCACCAGCAAAGUGGAAGCAGAUCUGAGCUACUACUUCAGGGUGAGAGCUGUGAGUGCUGAGGGGAGCAGUGAGCCGCUGGAGUCGGAUGAAGUGAAGGCUGUUGGCAAAGCUACCCCUGGUGCCCCAGACCCCCCUGAGAUUGUCUGUGCCACCAAGGACAGCAUCACCAUAGCCUGGAAGGCUCCUGGCAAGGCUGGCAGCUCCCAGAUCCUGGGCUACCUGGUGCAGAAGCGCAAGAAGGGAACCAUCACCUGGCUGCCAGUCAACACUGCACCCCUGGCAGGCAAGAAGAUGAAGGUGCCCAACCUGAAGAAGGGUCUGCAGUAUGAAUUCAGGGUGGCAGCUGUCAAUGCUGCUGGCCUGGGGGAUGCCAGCAACCCCUCCCAGCCAGCAUGGGCACGGGAUGCCAGCAAAACUCCAGGCCAGGUGCAGGAGCUGAGGGUGAGCAACAGGGACAGCAGCAGUGUCACCCUGACCUGGAAGAAGCCAGAAGUGCAAGAUGGGAACGAUGUGAAAGGCUACGAGGUGGAGGUGAAGGCUCCCAGGAGCCUCAGCUGGACCAAGUGCAGUGCCCUCCCCAUCCAGGGCACCACCUACACAGUCAAAGGCCUCCAGGCCAACCAGAGCUACUCCCUGCGUGUCAGAGCCCUCAGUGAGAGUGGCCUGGGAGAAGCUGCAGAGCUGGAAGCUUCCACUGGGGAUGGUCCCCGCGAAGUUCCCCCCAGGCUGCUGGUCGAGGGCAGAGUGAAAAGCACCCUGGUUGUGAGAGCAGGGAACAGCAUCAGGGUGAAGAUUCCCUUCGAGGCAUCUCCAGAUCCAGUGGUGACCUGGUUCAAGGAUGGGCUCCCUCUUCCCAAGAGGGCUACCACAGACACCAAAGAUGGCACCACCCAGCUGCUGGUUGGGGCAGCUGAGUUCAGUGACAGUGGCACCUACACGGUGGAGCUGCAGAAUGGCUUGGGGAAAAGAGAGAGCUUCAGCUUCCAAGUGCAGAUCACAGAUAUCCCACAGCCUCCUGGAGCUCUUCAGCUGGCAGAGAAGGUGCCAGGCACUGUGACAGUCACCUGGGAGCCAUCAGCAUCUGAGAAAUGGGAGGAGAAUCUCUUCUACACAGUCCUGAAAAAGGAGUCAGAGAAGGGCUUGUGGCAUGUGCUGGGUGACCUCAUCUUCACCAACCAGUUCACCUUCACCAAAGUCAUCCCUGGCAGGGAUUACUACUUCAGAGUGGUGGCCAAAAAUGCCCUGGGAGCCAGUGGCCCAUCUGAGACCCAGCAGCCCUGGAGCAUCCGAAGACCAAAGGCUCACUUUGAAGUCAAAGCACACAGCUACAGGGGGGUGAACCAAAACCAACCCCCCAGGAUCCUGGUCCCCUUGAAGCCUCACGUGGUGCCAACCGGCAGCGAGUGCCACAUGAGCUGUGCAGUUGGAGGCUACCCCCUGCCCAAAAUCACCUGGUACAAGGACAACAGAGACCUCUCCACUGACCCUGCCUAUUUCUGCACCAAUGACUUUGGUGUCUGCUCCCUGGUGGUCCUGGGGGUCUCCAAACAAGACGAAGGGGAGUACAUGGUGGAAGCCACCAACGCCUCCGGCCGUGCCUUCAGCAGAGCCUUCCUCACCAUCAAAGACUCCAGCCUGUAGCCUGACCCUGCUGAGGACAUCUCUGCAGCACCACCUGGAGUGAGCACUGUCUGCAGCCAGGCUCUGUGCUGAUGCAUCAGGCCCAGGGGUUGCAUUCUCAACAGGAUGCUGCAAU